AUGGGAAUUCCCAUGGGUCGUAUGUCUGGAAAAGUACGAUGUAUAGCGCCACCACUGCUCUAUUUCUUCCCACACGCUUUUCCUUUCUUGCCACCACCCCUGACCGCAUCUGCUCGCCUGUCUGCCAUACGUUUCCAACAAUACCUGCAUUUUCUUGAACGCUCUCAUAGGCUGCACGGCGGAGCAGGACCCGCACUGCUGCCAGCCGCGUUUUCGCCGCCGCUACCCGCGGGGGAUGUCGCGUGUCGUCGCGGCGCGCGUGCGGGCGGCGACACGCCGCGGUAUCUGGUGAACUCGCUGGCGGUGGCGUUCGUGGUGUCGCUGCUCUUCCUCUACCGCCUGCAGCGCCAGGAGCGCCAGGAGCAGGCGCAGCAGCAGCGCGAGGAGCAGCAGCAGCAGCAGCACCCCGCGCUCGAGGUCGAGAGCGGCGGAGGGGGGAGCGGCGAGGAUGCGACAAGCGGCGGUGGUGGGGGGGUGAGGGAGUUGCGCGUGAGCGGCAGUGGGGUGGAUGGUGGCGGAGGUGAAGGCGGGACGGAGAGCGACGCGGGAGGGGACGAGGGGGGAGGGAGCGGGCAGGGUGACGGCGUUGGGGGAGGUGGUUCUGAAGGCGGUGGGGGGGGAGGGGCGGACGACGAUGGCGGGGAAGGCGGUGAGGCGAGUGAGAAGGGCGACGAGGCCCGGGAGGUGCGUGGAAAGGAGGGUGGAGAGGCGUUUGGAGAAGUAGAGGCAGGUGCGGGUGGCAGCACCAAGGUGACUUCAGAGGCUAGCCGUGAUAGUGGUGGCGAUGGCGAUGGUGGCGGUAAUCGUGGAAGGAUGGAGGGGAUGGCGGGUGGCAGUGGAGGGGAAAGUGACAAGGGCACGAGAGAGGCAGGGGAAGACAGUGACGCGGGGAGUGCGGCAGAGAGGAGUGAGGGUGAGAGCGAGAGCAGUGGGGAUGGUGGAAUGCGUGGGAGUGUGGCGGAUGGUGAGGAGGAGGACAGGGGGGGCGUGGCGAGCACAGACGAUGGGGAGACUGAGAAGGGCGCGGAAAAGGAUGAUAAAGAAAUGGGCAGUGAUGGGGGGCAUGGCGAGGAGCAGGGCACUGCAGAUGAGGCUGAGGGGGGCAUUUCUGGUGGAGGGGAAGGGAAGAGCGUGGCGGGGGCUAAGGACGCAGAGGAGGAGAGCGAGAGUGGAUCUGGGGCGGAGAAGGGAGGGGAGGCGAAGGAGGCGGAGGAGGGAAAUGGCAGUGAGAGCAGUGCAGUGAAGGGGGGAGGUGAUGUGGAGGCUGGAAGUACAGAGGCAGACGUGACGGAGCAAGGGCGGAGUGGCAGUGAGGGUGAUGGUGGGAGUGCGAUUGUGAGUGGCGGCAAGGCGGGCAAGAGUGAGGCCGUGGAGGCAGGUGAUGCCGUGGAGGAGGGGAGGGUGAAGGGCAAGAAAAAGAAGAAGGUUUCGAACAACAAGAAGAGCAAGAAGGGCAAGAAAAGGAAGAAGAAAAAGAGCAAGAAGGCUAAGGUUGCUGAUGAGUAA